AUGGCGUGUCAAGUCAAAGGAACAGCAUUCAUUACCGGCGGCGGCUCAGGAAUCGGCAAAGCCACCGCUCUAGCUUUCGCGCAAAACGGCAUCCAAUCCAUGGCCCUCGUCGACCUAAACCUGGCUCUCCUUGAAAAGACUCGUGACGAGCUCCUCGCCCAAUUCCCAAAAAUCAACAUAGAAACAAUCCAGGCAAACGUUGCCGACGAAGCAUCCGUCGAGAACGCAGUGCGCCAGACAAUCGAGCGCUUUGACAGUAUCGAAUUAGGCAUCAACUGCGCUGGAAUCAGUGGAACUCCCACACCAACGGAUAAGAUGACGCUCGCUGAGUGGCAAAAGGUUAUUGAUGUCAAUCAGACUGGUGUGUGGCUAUGCCAGAGGGCUUUGAUUCGGCAGAUGUUGCAACAAGAGCCGCGAGGUGGCCGUGAAGGACGAGGCGUCAUUGUGAAUGUCUCGUCGAUGUUUGGCGUUAGUGGUCCUCCAGGCCCAUUCGAUAUUCCUCACUACACAGCGGCGAAACAUGCUGUGGUUGGUUUGACCAAAAUGGACGCGAAAGCCUACUCGCGACAGGGAAUUCGCAUCAAUGCUAUAUGUCCCGGCUUCGUCGAUACCCCCAUCAUCAAGCAGCAAAUUGAGUCUGGGUCGAUGAACCCCGCGUUUGAGAUGACGCCUCUUGGACGGCCAGCGCAGGUGAAGGAAAUUUCAGACGCGAUACUAUUCUUAUCCUCUACUAUGAGCAGCUAUAUGUGUGGUACAGCGCUAGUAGUUGAUGGAGGGUUUACCGUCUAG